AUGUCGAUAGUCGCCCUUUCUGACGACACCUCGCAGUCGCAUAUCGAAAUCGAGGACCUGCACCGCCUGGCGGCAAGCCUCAACUUCAAGAUCACCAGCGAUAAAGAUGCCGAUGUAUACCUGCUUAUGCUCCGCUCCUUCGAGUCGGAUGUCCUCGGUGGGCAGCCCCGUGAAUACUAUAAACCCGAGCCUAACGAUAACCCUAUGAACGUAUGGAGCUACUGCUGUAACCUCGCUGCGGCACGGCCCAUAAGCGACGUCCUUAAAGGCCGUAGCGUUAUGAUUAAGGACAGCAUUUCUGUCGGCGGACUGCUGACCACGCUCGGUACGCACCUAGAGAUUCUGAGUAAGGAUGAGAAGCUGCCCUUGUCGCCCAUCGACGUAACCGUAGUGUCGCGGCUCCUGACAGCAGGCGCGGUGAUCAAGAGCACCUCGACGUGUGAGAACUUCUAUGCGUCGCCGUUGUUAUGGACGUCAGCCUCUAGGCCGGUGUACCACCCUCUACUCCACGGGCAUACCGCGGGCGGGAGCAGCAGCGGCUCCUGCGCUCUCGUCGCUGCUAACGCUCUCGUCGUCGCGGGCCGGGACAGCAACGACAGCUAUACGAGCUUCGGCCCGACGGUCGAGCUCGCCAUCGGCACCGACUAG